AUGGCUCAAGACGACACCACGUUCGGUGCUUCAGGCGAAGAACUGACUCCUACGCCUGAAGCCGCGCCACCAAUCCCCGCAGAUUUCAUGAGCUCCGUCAUGGCGCGAUUCGCUCAACAAGACGAAGUUCAAAAAAUGACCAACGAACAGCUUGAUGCUCUGGUCGCAGCAUUCACUGCUCCUGACGGCCAAACGAGCCGUCCUCAACUGAUCCGCUGUCGCCUCUUCAACACAAACCCUACAGCGAUGGGCGACGACCACAUUUCAGAUGAAUCAGAGCCUAACGAACCUCUCCCCGCUGACGCUCCUCAGAUCGGACCAGAUCUCGCGACCAUACGUGAUAUCGCCGAACUCAAACUCAACUUUCAGCAGAUAAGUUCGAAGAUCCAUCAAGCUACUAGUGCGGCUCCGCAAAUCGAGAGUGUGCUCACUGCAACCUCCCGAACCCCUUUCACCAGUACACUAACCGACGUACAACUCAGAAAAAUAGAGAAGUUGCGCCUUUCGGAGUACAAGCCCGAAGGAGACCCCGUCGAACACAUGACAGCUUUCAACAUCACAAUGGCACGGGCUCGUCUUUCCGACGAAGAAAGGGACGCUGGCUACUGUCAACUGUUUGUCGAGACCCUCCACGAGCAGGCCCUAACCUGGUUCACUCAACUUGAAGAGAACUCGAUCAGUAGCUUCCGCGAUCUAUCAGCAGCAUUCUUCAAGACAUACAUUAUGUUUACAAAGCGCAGCGCUACUGCUUCUAGUCUAUGGAACCUAUCGCAAACUCAAGGUCACAGCCUCCGCGACUACAUGGAAAAAUUCAAAGUAGUAGUCUUAAGGAUCGCGAUCCCAGAUGACAUCGCCAUCGACACCCUGAUGAACACCUUAUGGGUCCGCUCCAAGUUUCGUGAGGACUUAUACCAAAACCCAACCACCUCGCUCCAAGAUGCCAUCGCUUGCUCUCACAACAUCAUCCGAAUGGAAGAGGAUACAAAGGCGAUCAUCAGUAGGCUGAACGCAGCGAAACCUCCAGCGACCAAAACCGCUCACACUCGGGCAGAACCGCGUCAGCAUGCCCCUAGCGACAAGAACAACCGUAAGAACGGUUUUAUGUAUAUCGUCGACGAGAACAACGUACCAGUCUCGAACAUGGUGGUCCGAGGAGAAGGAUGGAACAAGUGGGUCAAAGAGCUCGACUCGCCCGACGAGCCAACUAAUGAUGUCUGCACAACCCAACCUGACCUAACAACGGGUCCUUCCAGAACCGUUGAUCUCACCAAGCAUUGCAAAUAUCACGACGCCAAAGGACACGACACGACAGAGUGCAAAUCACUCUACGCACACUAUCUCUCGUCUCUCGGCAACGGCGACUUCAAAGUCGAGCCUCUAAAAGCUAAGCCCAAAAAUGGCAAAAGUUAA